AUCAAUCUAGCGUUGGUCGCUAGGACAAUUAUUUAGUUACUUGCCUUUAGUAAACUGUCAUACAAAAAGUAAAUGUGAAAACGCUAAACCUUUUAUAGAUAUGCAGCAUAAUCAUUUGUAACCUAUAUAUCCUUACAUGUAACGUAACAGCAAUUUCCCAAAAUGUUUAUUUAACCAUCCGCAACGAAAUUUUUUUUUUCUAUUUUAGAAAGCAAAAAGAAAAAAAUUCAAGAGAAAGAUAAUAUGGCCCAAAAAAAGAUUAACUUAAUCCGAGAAAAAGCUAGAAUAAUCGGUGAAAAGAAUAUCAUAAUCCAGGAAAAGAAUAGCAUUAUCCAAGAAAAGGUCAACCUAAUCCGAGAAAUUGUUAACAUAGCCCGAGAAAAAACUAACAUAGUUCGAGAAAAAGUUAACAUGGUCCAAGAAAAGACCAAAAUUGUCCGAGAAAAAGGUAACAUAGCCCGGGAAAAGGAUAAAAUAGUCGACAAUGACAACAUCUUUGAUAGCAUUAUCCAUGAAAAAACAAGAGAAGGAUAUCAUACUCCAAGAGAAGAAUGUCAUGAUUCAUGAGAAGGAUUCCAUGAUCCAGGAGAAGUAUAAUAUGAUCCACGAGAAGGAUACCAUUGCCUACGAGAAGGAUGUUAUUAUUCAAGUAAAGGAUAAAGAAAUUCAGAAAGUUUAAAGAAAAAUAUAAUAAAAUCAAUAAAAAGUUUCACAAAAAGGACAACUCGAUUCAAGAAAUAAGCCUAAUAUUUAAAACAAAGAUUUCUAAAUACCAAUA